AUGGAAUCUACAAGUAAAUGUGUUAUUGGAACCAAAAUAUUUAUUAGGCACAAAGAAAAAGUAUGGAUAAGUGCAGAAAUUAUAAAAGAGGAUACAGAUAUUAUUGUAAAAACUGACGAUGAUGAAAUUGUGAAUUUAAAAGAAGGAGAUGAAUUCUUUCUUCGCAAUACAGAUAUAUUCAAUUCUAAUGGCUUGUCUGCACCUCCGGAUUUAACAAAACUGACACACCUCCAUGAAGCGUCAGUUUUGCAUAGUUUAAAUAUUCGAUUUGACAUCGAUGAGAUAUAUACAUUUACUGGUCCGAUACUUAUCGCAGUGAAUCCAUUUAAACAGAUUAAAAAUUUAUAUUCCGAUAAUAUAUUAGAGAAGCAUAUUCAGCCUAUUAAAUCUAAAAGUCCUCAUAUUUUUGCUACAUCUAAUAGUGCAUAUUUAGGAAUGUGUAAAAAUAAUAAAUCCCAAACAAUAUUAAUAAGUGGUGAAUCAGGUGCUGGAAAAACAGAAUCAACAAAAUAUGUUAUGAAAUUUUUAGCAUGUGCGGGUUCAGAUAUAAAAAAAAGAUCUUUAAUAGAGUCGCAAGUUUUAGAAAGUAAUCCAUUGUUAGAAGCAUUUGGUAAUGCAAAAACAUUAAGAAAUAAUAAUUCGAGUCGUUUUGGAAAAUAUAUAGAACUACAUUUUGAUAUAUGUAAUAAUGGAUAUGUAAAGGGAAAACUAUAUGGUGCUAAGAUAUUAACUUAUCUUUUAGAGAAAGUUAGAGUAUGUGAUCAACAAGAGGGGGAAAGAAAUUACCACAUAUUUUAUCAGCUUUGUAGUGCUGUUCAAUAUUAUAAAAGUAACAAAUUGAGUUUAAAAAAUGAUGACAAUGGUGAUAAUGAUGAAUAUUAUUACUUUCCAUCUUGUAACAAAUUUAAACAAAAGGAAAAUGUGAGAGAAAUAAAAAUAGAUUUGAAAAGAUUUAAGGAUCAUAUGAAUUUUCGUUAUUUAACAAAAUCAAGUGUUUAUGAGUUAAACGAUAUUAAUGAGUUGGAAGAGUUUGAAGCAACUGUUUAUGCUAUGCAAGUUGUAGGGAUAGAUGAGAAUGAACAGAAUCAAAUUUUUAAAAUUUUAGAGGGGAUAUUAUAUAUUGGUAAUAUAUUAUUUGAUAAUGAUGAUAACAAAGAAGAAUCAAGUAUUUUAGAAUCAACAUAUGAGGAUUUAAAAAAUGCAUCUUAUUUAUUAGACAUAGAUAUAGACACAUUAAAAGAUGCAUUAUGUUAUAAAACUAUAAUAGCUAAUAAUGAGCAUUUCAAAAAGCCAGUUACUUCAGCAAUGGCUAGUGAUAUACGUGAUGCUUUAGCUAGAGCUAUUUAUGGUUGUUUAUUUUUAAAGUUAGUUGAAAGAACAAAUGAAUCAAUAGGUUUAAUAAAAGAUGUAAAUUUAUUUUGUGGUGUUUUAGAUAUAUUUGGUUUUGAAUCAUUUCCAUUAAAUUCUUUUGAACAAUUAUGUAUAAAUUAUACAAACGAAUGUUUACAAUAUUUUUUUAAUAAUUUUAUUUUCAAAUGUGAAGAAAAGUUAUAUAUAGAAGAAGGAAUAAAAUGGAGUUCAUUAGAUUUUCCAGACAAUAAAGAUUGUGUAAAUAUAUUACAAAGUAAACCGUUUGGAAUAUUUUGUAUGCUUGAUGAAGAAAGUUUUAUACCUGGUGGUAAGGAUAGAACAUUUUGUAAUAAAAUAAUUUCAAAGCAUGUUAAUAAUAAAAGAUUUGAAUCUAUAAAAACCGAUCCAAAUAGUUUUAUUAUUGUACAUUUUGCUGGAAAAGUUGUAUAUAAUUCAUGUGGGUUUUUAGAAAAAAAUAAAGAUCAACUUUCAGAUGAUGCCCAAAAUGUUUUAUUACAAAGUCAUAAUGAAUAUAUACAUAAUUUAUUUAAAAAAUAUUUAAGAAGAAGUUCUGAAAAGAAAAGAUUUGCAACAGUUUCUAGUGAAUUUAAACAACAGUUAGAUGUAUUAAUGACACGAAUAAAUCAAACAGAACCACAUUUUAUUAGAUGUAUAAAACCAAAUUCAAAAAAUUUACCAGAUAUAUUUGAAAGACAUUCUGUAAAUGAACAAUUAAAAUAUGGUGGUGUAUUACAAGCUAUUAAAGUUAGUAGAGCUGGAUAUCCAGUUCGAUUAACACAUCAAAAUUGUAUAAAUGAAUAUUACAUAUUAUUAACAAAGGAAGAAAAAACAAAUUUUAAUAAAUAUUAUAAUGAUAAGUCAUUGUCUGAAAAAGCUAAUUAUAUUUUAUCUAGAUUAGAAAAUCGAAAUAAAAUACAAGACUAUAUUAAAUCACUUAAACUUAUUAGACAAAAAGAGAAUCAAGAAAAUAUAUUUUAUGGAUCUGUAUUAAAAAAGAAGUGUUCUAAAAAUUCAAAUUUAAUUGAAAAAGAAAAUAGCCUUGUUAAUGAUAUAGUUGAGGAUGAUAAGUUUAUAUGGUCUGUCGGUAAAACUUUAUGUUUUUUUAAAAUCGAAGCAUAUAAUAUUUUACUAACUAUGCGACAAGAUUUUCGAAGUCUUAAUGCAGUUAUAAUACAAAAAAAUUAUAAAUGUUACAUUGAAAAAAAAAAAUAUAAAUUAUUAAGAAAAAAAAUUAUUACUAUACAAAGAUGGAUAAGAAGCAUACUAAUCACUUUAAAGAAAAAAAAAUUAAUGAUAGCAAAUGCAACAGAAUUAAUAUGUUCAUAUAUAUAUGCAUAUGCAAUAAGAAAACGAUUUUUAUAUAAAAGAAAAUGUGCUAUUAUUAUUCAAUCAGCUUUUCGAGGAUAUUUAGUAAAAAGGUCAUACAAAAUAUAUAGACAAAAUUAUUAUGCAAGUAAAAUACAAGCAAUAUGGAAAUCAAAGAAAGAAAGAAUUAGAUAUUUAAAAUUAAUAGAAUCAACAAAAAAAAUUCAAUUAAAAUGGAAAGGAAUAUUAGCAAGAAGACAAUUAAGAAGACUGAAAGAGGAGGCAAAAGAAGUUGGUGCUUUACUUACAAAAAAUCAAGACUUAAUGAAUGAGCUGAAAAAUGAAAAAUCAGAAAAAGUUGAAAUUGAAAGUAAAUUAUUAAAAGCUUCUGCAAAUGCUCAAAAAUUAACAAAAAGAAUAGAAGUACUUGAACAGAUUAAUAAAAAUAAUGAAACACUUAUAAAAAGUUUGAUAGAAAAAGUGGAAAAUCUUUCACUAAAACAAAAAGAAGAAAAUGUCGAAAAAAAAACAUCUCAUGAAAAAAAAGCAUCCCAUGAAAACAAAGCGAAUUUUAGUGAUAAUAAUGAAGUUAAUGGAAAAAAAGAUUCUGUUCCAAAUCAUAAUGUGUCAAAGCUUUUAGAUAAAAUAAAAAAAUUAGAAAUACAAAAUGAGGAAUAUGUAAAAAAGAAUGCUUUACUAAAUGAGAGAUAUAAUAAAAUGUUGAAUAUAUUGUCAUAUUUUAAAGGGAAACAUAAUCUAAUUAGUGAAUCAAAAGAACAGAAUAUUCCCAAUAGUGUAAAGAAAGAAUAUUCUGAUAUGAUAAAUAAUAUGAUGUAUAAUGGAAUGUAUGACAAAAAUUUGAUAGAAAAUAAAUCUGUGACUAAUCAUACACCUUCGAUAUUGAAAAAGACAAAAGAAUUUGUUGAUAAUAGUUUAGCAAAACUUCGAGGGGAAUAUAAAAGUUCAACAAAAUAUGGAAAUAAAACAAGAGAUAAUGUUAUAGACAUUUUAAUAUGCGGACCAAAAGGAGUAGGGAAAACAAGUUUGAUGGAAGAUUUAUUUGUAAGACUUGGUGAUGAAAAUAAUUUAAAUAUUUUAAGAAAAAAAAAUAAAAAAAAAGAAAUUGAUAAUAUUAAUCAUGCUAUUUAUAAUGAAUAUAUAGUUAAUCAUAAAUUAUCUCAAAUAAAAAUAGUAGAUUGUGGAUAUUCUGAUAAUACAAAUUCAGAAGAAACACUUUUUGAAUAUAUAAAAAAUUCAGUUUGUAUUAUUAUUGUAUUUGAUUCUACAAAUAAAGAUUCGAUCAUACCAGCUUUACAUCUAUUACAAGAAGCAUCACUUAUUAAUGUAAAAAAAAGUACAAAAUUAUAUUUAUUAGAAAAUAUUUUUAAUGAAAAAAUCAAUUUAAAUCCAAAUGUGAAUGAUGUUUCAUAUGCACAAAAAGUUUCAAAAACAUGUAAUGCUACUUAUAUUAGAGCUUUAGAUAUUUAUGAUAUAGUAAAUGACCAUGUAAAUAGAAUGACAACAAAUUCGAGUUAUUUUUUAAAUAAUUUUAUAUCUGGUGAAAGAAUUUCAAAAGAAAUGCAUACUCAUUCAAAUCAUUUUAAUACACAUAAUAAUAAUGACACUAAUAUGGUUGGGCAAUCAGAAACAGAUAAUUAUCGUUGGAAUCAAAAUGAAAGUAGUUACAAAGAAUAUAUCAAUAAUGGAAACAGUGUCAUACUUGAUAAAGCAGAUACAUAUUUUCAAUAUUUCAACAAUGGGGAUAAAGUUGAAGAAGACGAUAAAAAAAAAUUGUUACACCAACAAAGUACGACAGUCUCGGUUAGGGAUAUACAGGAUAUGGAAAAUGCGGAAAAUAUGAAUUACUUAAAGAAGGAGAGCAAUAUUUAUCGAGAAGGUUGUGAUAAGUAUUUUACAAAUUUUGGAAAAAAAAAACAAGUUGUUCAACUUUUACGUGAAUCAUUACCUCAUAAUAAUUAUGUUUAUAAUAGUAAAAAAUAUAAUGCAGAGUUGGGAAGAGGAUUACAACCUGUUUAUGAAAUAAUGAUCAAAGGUAAUGUGCCUAUCACAUAUUUAUGUAUAGGUCAAAAUUCGAUAAAUAAAAAUUAUACAAUAUUAGCAGCAGGAUGUAAAGAUGGAAUAAUAUAUAUAUAUAAAUGUUUUAGAACAAAGAUGGAACAAAGUGAAAAUUUUCAAACACGUGCUCAAGGAGAUAAAGUAAUAAACAGUUCUAAUCGUGUAGAAGGGAUUGUGAGAAGUAGAAAAAGAGAAAAUUUACAAAAUGAUGAAACAAAUAAUAGUGAAUUAAGUAGUUCGGAAGAACAAAAUGAAAAUAAUACAAUCGAAUAUAUUAAUGAAAGUAUAAAAGAUGAAUCAUCAUUUACAUUAUCAGAAGAUAAUUCAAUGUCAACAGUUUUAUUAUCAAAAUUAUCAGGACAUAAAAAAGCUAUAACAUGCUUAGUAUUUUCAUUUUCAGAAGACAAAAUAAUAUCAUCUUCUAUUGAUAGAACAAUAAAAAUAUGGGAAGUAAGUACAGGGUUUUUAUUAAAAGUUUUUUCUGAUUCAUCUGCAACAUUAUCUGUAUUAUUAUUUCCAACAAAUCUAGAUAUAUUUUUAUGUUCAAAUUGUACAUCUCUUUUACGGAUAGUAAAUUUAAAUAGUGGGCAAGUUUAUCAGAAAAUUAAAGUAGAAAGUGAAAUUAGAGCAUUAGAAAUGGAUUAUACAUGUUUAAAUAUAUUUGCCGGAUCUAAAAAUGGAACUAUAUAUUUAUUAGAAUGUUUAUAUAAUGAACGAGUAGAAAUAAAAUUUCGAUUUCUUUUCUCGUUAUUGCCUAUUACUUGUAUUAAAUUUGUACCUAGAAAAUAUAUUCAUACUCCACCAACUAUUAUUGUAAAUUCAUGUGAUAAUCAUAUUGGAAUUAUUGAAUGUAUGUAUGGAAAUAAAGGAAUUAUAACAAACCUAUCUGUUAAGCAUAGGAUAAGAAUAAAUCAUGCCCUUUUACCUAUUCGAAGUUGUUAUACUAAAUUUGGUGGUGGAUGGCUUGUUUCUGGAUCCGAAGAUGGAAAUAUUUAUGUUUGUUCUCUUCUUCCGCAAUCCAAUUAUAAGCUCAUCCUUUUGAAGCAUCACAAGGCACCGGUUAUGUCAGUAGUGGUAAACGACAUAGACACACUAAUGGUAUCAGGAGAUUCAAAGGGGAAUAUCGUUUUUUGGAGAAGAUCAGUGAUGUAA